AUGCAUCCGCUUUUCAUUACAUCCCUUUUCUUGAGCGUAUGUCUCAGAGCAACUUGCGAUUCGUUGCCAAUCUAUCAAUAUCAACUUGGUACUUCUAAGGCACAGGGGGCUCGCGGUUUCAAUGCUUCAGAUGCCGACUCCUCUUCCGAAUAUGUGAUCACACAGUCAAACAGUUUCUUGUCAAAGUAUAGCUAUCUGGAAGCCGUUGGAGAUGAUGACGGCCUGGACACCAAAUCAACCGGCAGCCUUAUUCUUGCAACCAAGAAGCCACAGCCUUCGUCUCUCACUUUGACCAACCGGCUCAACAUGGAAUAUUACAGCAUCAUCAGCAUCGGGACGCCUCCGCAAGAUUUCCGGGUCCAGAUUGACACUGGCUCAACGGGCUUAUGGAUCGCGACCUACAACUCGAGUAUGAAGGAAACUCUCGAGAACACAGACGUCGGGGGCUCUUUAUUUUAUUACACAAGGUCGUCCACUUUCCAGCCGUCUGACGUGGCCUACACGAUCCCUUACGCGGAUUCAUCAUCUGCAUCAGGCAUAGUUGCAUAUGAUACAGUCCAGCAAGGCUCCUACUCGGUCAAGGGACAACCUUUUGGAGCUAUGACUGUCACUUCCAAAGGCAUGUUCGAAGGAAGUGCUUCCGGCAUCCUCGGCCUGUCAUUUAAUGAUGACAGCGCGGAGACUGGCAUACACCCAUUCUGGCAAAAAGCGAAUAUCGACACGUUCUCCAUCAGCAUGUCUGGCUUCAAGGAUGCCCCAUUGGCUAAGACAGAUACUCCGGACAAACCGGAACAGCCCGGUGGGGUGUUCACGCUCGGGGGUGUCGAAAAGUCGCUUUACACUGGGGAUAUCAAUUACGUCCCACUCUCAUCCAAAACCCACUGGCAAAUUCCGAUCGACGGCUUGAAAUUCAAUGGUGCCCCUGUCGAUAAUUCCCAAAGCGACACGGUUAUGAUUGAUUCAGGCACUAGUCUAAUUGGGAUCCCCUCGCACCUCGUUCGUGCAAUAUAUCAAAAUGUUCCGGGUGCAAUUGCAGGAAAGGGAGCUUACAAAGGAUAUUACCACUUCCCCUGCGACACAAAUACGCAAUUGAGCAUGGUUUUCGGCGGGGUUGAAUACGCGAUUUCACCAGACAACUUCAAAGCGCAAAAAGUUCAAGGUGAUGAGAGUCGGUGCUACGGUGCUUUAUUUUCAACCAGCAAUGUCAACGCUGCUGUAGGGAAAAGCGUGUGGAUAGUCGGUGCUUCGUUCCUGAGGAAUGUCUACGCGGUCUUCAGAUCCUCGUCAUCACCAGCCAUUGGCUUUGCCAUGCCCGCCCAAAACUAUCCCGAUAGACUACAAUCUAUUCAAUGGCAGCCUCAAACCGCGGCAGCCAAGUCAAAAGCCGGCCGCAGUUCGACCUUGACUGUUCCUCACUACCUCGCCGCUUCGACCUCAAUCCUUCUAGGUGCUUUCUGGCUUUUUCUAUGA